GCUUACACAUUCGGUAGAAGCUGAAGAAUUUGAGUAUUCAGAAUCGGUUAGAAUCGGUUUACGCGGUGAUGAUUCCAGUUAUGAAUCAGCCCCUCUCUUCCAAUCAAUAUUACAUCAUCAACGCUCGCGGCAAUCGAAAAGGGCUAGCAUGCACAAGUUCAAAGGAAGACGAGACAAGCAGCAGCAAGUGCUGCUACACCGUCCCCGAUACACCACCACAACUAUUUGACCCAAAAAACCAAUACCAACAAUUUCAAAUCAGCGAUUACGUGUACUGUGGAGGAGCCUCUGGUUUCAUAUGCAACUCCGUGGCUCAAGACGGGAUUCCUCCACUACGUCUAAGCCGCAAUGGCUGGCGAGCUUAUAUCCAUCCCCUCAACAACUUCCUCGAGCCCACCCCAGCCCACGGCCUCAACGCCCAACUCCGAGCCCGCCUCCCAGACCUCAACUUCUCACUCCCCUGCAAAUCCUCUGACCCAGUAGCUGUAGGAAAGUGGUACUGCCCAUUCGUUUUCAUUAGCGAUGGAAAUCAAGCCGUUGGAUCUCAAAUGACCAACUCGCCGUAUUAUGAAAUUACCCUCCAUCAGAAUUGGGUUGAGAUAUUUGGAUGUGAGAAUAAUGGCGUGGCUGCUGGUAAUGUGGAUGUUUUUGUGGAAAGGGAAGUUGUUUCGGGUGAGUCCGGGGCGACGAAGAGCAAAAAAGAUGUUGUUGAUGGAAUAGUGUGGUUUGAGGCAUUGAAGGGUUGGGUUGAGCAUGGUGGUUGUGGAGAGGAUGAAAUGGGAAGAGGAGAGAGGGGGGGUUUAAAUGGGUGCAAGAAGGGGAGGAAAAGAAAGUGAGGGUGGUGAAAGAGAGGUUGAAGUUUAAGGAAAUGGGUAAAAGGUGGAAAAGAUUUGGAUGCUAUGUGUUGGUGGAAAGGUUUGUGGUUAAGAGAAUGGAUGGAAGCUUGGUUCUUACUUGGGAAUUUAGGCAUACUCAUCAACUUACAGCCAAAUGGGAAGGAUUUCAAUUUGUUUUGGAAUUUAGAUUGUAUUUGAUCAUUGGAUAAAUAUUUUGUUACCAAGAUUACUUUUUUCUUA